AUGCAGGCGCCAAAGACCGAGCCAGUGGAGUCUCCACUCCCUCCAGCACCGCUCGCGUCGACUUCGUCCAGCCUCGCCACCCCAGUCGACAAGAAGGAAGGCUCGAGCGAUGAGGUCAAGAGCGAACCAGGUUGGAUGCAGGCGCUGAAAGGCUUGAAGAAGGAGGAAGUGGAUGCAACGGUGGCCACGAGCACUGCGGCGGCGCCCUACCUUCCGACACCUCCGCCUGGCUCAGCGUCUGGCCAUCCGAGCCCAGCACAGGCCGAGGAUCAGGCUGCUCAAGCUGUCGCAGCAGUCGCGGACCCGAACCUUCCGCAGAACAGCGUACAAGCUGAAGAACAUUACACGGAGGACCCAGGAGCCGAGUCCGACGACAGCCUCUCUUCCGCCGACAGCGAGAUCGCUCGGAACGCAGUUCCGUCACCACGGCGCAACAUUCUCUUCGACGACGACGCGACGUUCCCCUCGAACAGCAAGUUCAUCUCGGAAUGCAAGAAGCGCCUCUACAAAACCUACGGCGUCACCGCAUGGGUCAACCAGAACGAGGCGCGUUAUGUGGUGCUCCGAUGUUCGCUACAGACGCAGGGUUGCGGAUUUCGCGUUCGGGCUGAAAGGCGACGGGAUGAGAAGGAGUGGUCGCUUGCGCCGGGACGAUGCGUGUGGGUCCACAAUCAUGACAUGGAAGGCGACGAGGAGGAGCGGGCGUCUUGGAGCAGCUCGGAAGACGAGGCGGAUGAAGGCGGAUCCGAGAAGGGCGAGGAGCAGAAGAGUAAAGAUGAGCCUGUGCUUGCGGCAGGAACCGGCCAGCCCUGGUCCGCGCCUACGGGGUCGUCCGUGAUGAAGCGUCUCGUCGCGGAUCGCGCCAGCAUCUUCGCCUUGCAGAGGCGCCUUCAAGCGAACACCCGGCAGGCAUGGUCCGCAUCCUUCGUCGACGGCCACCUCGAGGGACUGUCGGACUCGAACAGCGUCCCUCGCAGCGCUUUUCGCAACUACUGCCGAUUCGCUGAAGCGAACGGCAUUCCGCCAUUUCCGCUCACACCCGCGAUCCUUGCCCUCUGGUUCUACGACAAGUGCUCGACAAUCGACGGGUACUUCAACACCUACAAGCGCUCUCUUGAGAAGAUCAUGGAGCUCGAAGGCCUGCAGAAGGUUUGGGCGAAUCAGCCGACUUAUAAGCAGCUUCUUGACCUCGAUCCAGGAUCGGUCGCGAUCAAUCAAUUCAUCAAGGAGCGCCAGCCUUCAGCCGGAUCCUAUCAACCUCCUAAGGCAGCACCUUCCGUCUUCCGCAAGAAGAAGCGCACGACGAAGCGCACGAGGGUGGCCAAGUCUUCGGCCAUCGUGCUCAGCUCUGACGAUGACGAGUCCCGCGAGGACGACGAUGGCGAGUAUCGCUCCUCGGCAUUGGAGCCUGCCAGCGCGACCUCCGGCGACGAGUCGGGAGACGAGAGCGAGCCUGCGGCACGAAAGGGGUCGAGUCGCGACGUUCACGUCCCGGGUCUGCCCUCGGCUAACGACUCCUUCGCCUCGACGACCGAGGCGUUCAAGGCCUACGUCAAGGCUCUCGUCCCGGUCUACGGCAUCUCCGUCACCAAGUGUGCCGUCUCCUCCACAGUCACGCAGAUCAAGUGCAACCGCCACCACUCGCACUACUCGGAACACCCCGGCGGCGUUUGCAGCAGGCAAGCGGUCCUCAAGCUCAACCCGAAGACGAAGCGCUGGCGCAUUGACGCGGACAAGUCGCAUUUCAAGCAUUCGCAUGGACCGUGUGAGGAGAUCUUGCGAGACCCGUCGUUCCGUCCAACGGUCAGGAAUCCGGACGCUCGCGAGGCGCUCGGCAUGCCUCCUCUCGACGCGCCAGUGAGCGCCAAGGAGCAGGACAAGGGCGAGAUGGCGUCGAUGAAGGGCAAGGGUGCGAAGGAGAAGGGCAAAGAGAAGAAGCGCGAGCGCGAAAAGACGAAGGACAAGGACGAGCGGAGGGCCGGGACUUCCAAGUCGAAGGGCAAGGAGCGCGCUCGCGACGUCUCGCCGCCGUUGAAGAAGCGUCGGCUUCCGGAAGGAGCAACGCAGGCACCGCCUCCGCAUGCCACAAGCACCAUCUCUCCGCCUUCCGAAGAUGCGAGUCGCCAACCGCAGGCUGGACCGUCCAUGUAUCACAGCGUACACGCGCACCAGCCACCGACGUUCAUGCAGGCACCUCAGUACCCUCGCCCAACAGCAGCUCCGCAACCCGCCGCUUACUACGUCCCUUCUCUCAAUUCGCUGCCUACCUCCGACAUCUCAGCUUUUCUCCACGGCCUCCAUCCCUCGCUUGAACCGCUCACGCCACACUUUAUCGCCGCCGGCUUGACCACGAUUGACGCCCUCGCCUCGCUUACCCUCCUCGACCCCGUCAUGAUCGACCACACUCUCGCUCUCAUGCGCACAAGAGCUGAGGCGGCGUAUACGCAGUCUCAACAUGCGCCAGCGCCACCUUCGGUCAUCCAGCUCCGUCUCCUCGCCAAGUCGCUCAAGGAGGCCGGUCGCGCCUGA